GUGGGGGGGGGCCCGGGCCACGCUUUCCAGAAGCAAAUGUGGUAUCACAGUGAUGCCCUACGUGGUGCUCACUUUGAGAAGCCUCCUGUGUUGUCUAGGGGUGGGACAGGUGUCAGGGACAUCUAGGGAAGCUGGCUGGUGACGAGCACAGGUGCACGGGCCCUCUUUGUUCUGAGAUGCCCCGGUGUGAUGAACCAUCAGGACAAUGGCACGUCGGCCGCUGAAAACCCACAGGCCUGACCCCCUUCCCAGGUCCUCACUCUGGCCAGCAACGAGCGAAUCCCCCUGAACCGCACCAUGAGGCUGGUGUUUGAGAUCAGCCACCUGAGGACGGCCACCCCGGCCACCGUCUCCAGAGCCGGGAUCCUGUACAUCAACCCCGCAGACCUGGGGUGGAACCCGGUAGUGAGCAGCUGGAUUGAGAGGCGCAAGGUGCAGUCGGAAAAGGCCAACCUCAUGAUCCUCUUUGACAAGUACCUGCCCACGUGCUUGGACAAGUUGCGUUUUGGGUUUAAGAAGAUCACGCCCAUACCGGAGGUCACGGUCAUCCAGACCAUCCUGUACCUGCUGGAGUGCCUCCUCACAGAGAAGAGCGUGCCGCCCGACUCCCCCAAGGAGCUGUACGAGCUCUACUUUGUGUUUGCCUGUUUCUGGGCCUUCGGGGGGGCCAUGUUCCAGGACCAGCUUGUGGACUACCGAGUCGAGUUCAGCAAAUGGUGGGUCAACGAGUUCAAGACGAUCAAGUUCCCCUCGCAGGGAACCAUCUUUGACUACUACAUAGAUCCCGACACGAAAAAGUUCCUGCCGUGGACAGAGAAAGUGCCCUCCUUCGAGCUGGACCCCGACAUCCCGCUGCAGGCCUCUCUGGUGCACACCACAGAAACCAC